GAGAGAGCAUGAGAGAGAAACAGAAGGAGGAGGGGGGGUAAGUGUGGGAUGAGGAGACUGAGGAUGGAUGGGCAACGGGAAACUGUGCGAGCGAGAGAGAGAAAGAGUGAGCGUGUGUAGGCUCAGAGUCAGCAGCGGAGACACAGAAAGUCUACAAGCGCACAUCAACAAGAGAGCAUGAGAGGCAGAGCUGACCACCGGCAACUCUGAAGACUGACACGGACAGAGAGACACAUAGAGAGACCAAGGAGAAGAAGAAUCAAAAGAAGAAGGACUGAAGACUGACUAGCUGCCUUCCACUAUAGGGUAGUUAAAGGAGACACCACUGAGGGACUGUAGCAUCCGCCCCCCCCCCCCCCCAGCAGCACAGAGGAGCACUGUCUCAUCUCGUGCAUGCGUUAGUGCCUGCCAACUCCAAUUUCACAGUCGCCCACUGUUUUCUCGUAGGUUUUGCCCCCCCUGCACUCCCAAGUCAUGAUCCCUUGGGUCCUCCUGCUCCUGUGGAUCUCCGGACACGGAGCUGAGGCCAUGUUUUCCCAGCAGCCACAGGACCUGGUGGUUGUUGCAGGCCAGCCUGUGACGUUACCAUGCACUAUUCCCGGUUACCAUGGCGUUGUACUGUGGAUCAAGGAUGGCCUGGCACUGGGAGUGGGCAGAGACCUCGUUGGCUAUCCUCGUUACACAGUGAUUGGCGACCACGGUUCAGGAGAGCAUCAUUUGCGAAUUCAGCGUGUCGAGCUGAUGGAUGAUGCUGUGUUCGAGUGCCAGGCCGUCCAGGCCGCCAUGAGGUCCCGUCCUGCCCGCCUCACUGUGCUGGUUCCCCCAGAAGACCCAAUCAUCAGUGGAGGGCCCGUGGUGAGUCUCCGGGCUGGGGACCCGCUCAAUCUGACCUGCCACGCUGACAACGCCAAGCCAGCAGCUUCAAUCAUCUGGAUUCGCAAUGGAGAGGUUCUCAAUGGGGCCAUGUACUCCAAGGUAAGCAUAGAGACCUUGCUGCGGGAUGGCAGGAGAGAGAGCACCGUGAGCACCCUCUACCUCUCACCUUCCAACAUCGAGACAGGUCAGCAGAUCAUCUGCAAGGCGUCCAACAAGGCGGUCCCCAACGGCAAGGAGGCCAGUGUCACCAUCGACAUCCAGCAUCUUCCACUUGUCAAUCUCUCCGUGGAGCCUCAGCCCGUUCUGGAGGGGAAUCUUGUGAAAUUCCACUGCUCUGCAAAGGCCAACCCCCCUGUCAUACUCUACAGGUGGGCCAAAGGAGGAAGUGUAAUCAAGGAAGUCUCCGGAGACACAUAUGAGGUUAUUGUGGACCACUCAUUCUUCACAGAGCCCGUUUCCUGUGAAGUCACCAAUCCUCUCGGCAGCACAAACAUCAGCCGCAAUGUCGACGUCUACUUUGGUCCUCGAAUGGCGGCAGAGCCUCAGUCGUUGCAGGUGGACCUCGGAUCUGACGCUGUGUUCAACUGUGCCUGGACAGGAAACCCCUCUCUUACCAUUGUGUGGAUGAAGAGAGGGUCUGGAGUUGUGCUUAGCAACGAGAACCUCCUGACGUUGAAAUCCGUGAGACAGGAGGACGCAGGGAAAUAUGUGUGCCGCGCUGUGGUCCCGCGCGUCGGAGCCGGGGAGAAGGAAGUGUCUCUCACAGUCAAUGGGCCGCCCACUAUCUCCAGUACUCAGACUCAGCAAGCUCUACACGGAGAAAAAGGGCAAAUCAAAUGUUUCAUUCGAAGUACACCUCCACCAGAUCGGAUUGCCUGGUCAUGGAAGGAAACUGUGCUGGAGUCUGGAACAUCUGGACGCUACACUGUGGAGACGGUCACCACGGAGGAAGGAGUCAUCUCUACGCUGACCAUGAGCAACAUCGUCCCGGCUGACUUUCAGACCAUCUACAACUGCACUGCGUGGAACAGCUUUGGCUCUGACACUGAGAUCAUACGCCUUAAGGAACAAGGUGGGAGCCAAGAAUCACUCCCCGUGGCAGUGAUCAUCGGCAUCGCUGUGGGAGCGUUUGUAGCCCUCAUUGUCCUCAUGGGCACUAUCGGAGCAUUCUGUUGCACCCGAUCCCAAAGAAAGGAAGCGCACCUGGUUAUGCCCUCACUGCCCGUCUCCAUCUGUGCUCACCAGAGAGAACUUGCAAGCAAAAUUAAGACAGAAAAUCUGAAAGGAGUGGUGUCGGCGAAAAAUGACAUCCGUGUGGAGAUUGUGCACAAAGACCACAAUGCGGCGCGUGAGAACGAAGAACACCAAUCGAUGAAACAGCUGAUGGUGAGUGUUGAGCGAGGAGAAUUCCAGCAGGAAUCUGUUCUGAAGCAGCUGGAGGUAUUACAAGAGGAAGAGAAGGAGUAUCAGCACAUUAAGGACCCUACAAAUGGCUACUAUAGUGUCAAUACCUUUAAGGAGCACCACACACCCACCAUGGCUGUGACUCAGUCUGCUGAGGUGAGGAACCCCACCAACACAGCAACCCUGGGCAAGCAGCGGGUGCCCACGGGCAUGUCCUUCACCAACAUCUACUCGACUCUGGGAGCCGGUCCCAACCGCCUGUACGACUACAGCCAGCGCUUCGUGCUGGGCAUGGGCAGCAGCUCCAUCGAGCUGUGCGAGCGGGAGUUCCAGCGCGGCUCGCUCAGCGACUCCAGCUCGUUCAUUGACACGCAGUGCGACAGCAGCGUCAGCAGCUACAGUAAGCCGGACGGCUACGUGCAGUUCGACAAAGACAGCAAGGCGUCGGCCUCCUCCUCGUCCCACUACUCCCAGUCCUCCUCGCAGAACUCAGACCUCACCCGGCCGCUCCAGAAGCGCAUGCAGACCCACGUCUGACCACCAGGGGAGGAAGGGCGUGUGAACCGGUGUGACAAACAGCCAGGAUUGUAAAACUGUGACUGAAUCGGCCCCUUAAGUUACAAUGCGACUGGACACCUGGAGAUGCAUAUGGGCUGGAUGGCUUUAAGACACUCUCUGACUUGUUGAAAUCCUUAAAAAGCGGAUCAAGAAGCCUUAUAUUUCCCCCUCAUGCUUAACCCAUAGACCACCUCCUUUUUUGACCUACAAGCAGAAUUGUGCCAUGGAGAGGUUAUUUUGCCAACACAGACAACACCACAAGUUCGGAAAUUGAAGCAUUCACUACUUUGUGUUCUGCAGUAUUGACCGCAGAGGGCAGGCCAUUAAAAAGGCUUUUGUGUGACAAUCAGUUCCCCUGGCAAAGACCAUUUUUUUGCCUUUUGAAGAUUGUCAUUGAUAAAAACUCAACACGAUGGACACGAUAAUGAGUGCAAGCCAAUGUCCUGCUGCUCUCUUGUAGUUUGAAGCACAAAAAUGAAUGUGCAUGUGUUUUUAUUUUUAUUUUUUAUUAUUAGUUGUUAAAGGGAUUACCCCUCCUCUCUCCUACAACCUUCCCCCCUCGAACACUUUAUGUUAAGCUUUCUUGUUGAAACUGGUCUCCCGUGUAGGUGGAAAAGAAACUUUCUCCAUGUGCCCCCGCAGACGCCUCGAACAUUUAAAAAGGCUGCGUUUUUUUCUCCACAGUCAAAUCUGGGCCACAGAGGCGGGCAGAUAAAGAUGGGCUGAGAUCUCAUUUUAAAAUCCCUGAGUCAUUUAUUUUUACUGUGACACUCUGCGAUAAGGAACGUCAGUGUACAUAUGUGACUGUAAUUUCUUUUUCUAGCAUCUAAUUUCUUUGUUUUCCCUCCUGGAGGACUGUAAAUGAGACAUUUGUGUCCUUAUCUUCUUUGCCUUGAGGGUGUGUUUGAACUGUGUCAAUACAAACUUUGACUAAGCCAGAUAGACAUGCACUCUCAGCUCUUGUGUUUGAUGGGGAGCUGGAUCCUCCGUAGUGUUCCCUGCACACCAAAUCCAGCUCUUGAGUGAUGCAGCAGAAAGCCCACAGACUGCAACACGUGUUGCACUUAUGAGUUUCUCCUGCAGGUCGUCAGCCAUUAUACUUGAGGGUCCCCAUUCAAGGAAAUGUCAACAUUAUAUUUUAGCUGAGCUUCCUAUUAUGUGGUUUUUCCCCAUUGCUAUGGCCAAUAUCAUUGUUGACACAGGAGCUUGGUGCGACCUGACUGCCGGUCAUCAAGAGACAUGAAAAGCAAAUUUAGAAAAUGUGUUUUGUUUUGCUAUCUGCGGCUCAUUUUUGGCUACUGUGGAGCUAAUGUUGACACCCUGACUCUUUCAAGUGCAUUGUUUUAGUACUUUUUUAAAUUUUCUGUACUCUAUGUGACAUAUGAUUUUGGAUUUGUUAUUUAAUCACUGACAUUUGUUUUUAGUUGAGAGUAGAGACAGAGAGUAGUGAUUUAACAUGCAGCCACACAACACUUAAUACCUAACGUCAAAGUUCAAAGCCUGUUGUUAAAGAGUGUCGUCGUCAUGCUUUGGGCAUGUGUUGUCGCAGAACAAACUUUUUACCUAGGGUUCUGAUUUUUUGCGUCAAAGAACACUCGGGAUCGCAAUGCAGAUCGGUGCAUAAGGCAGAUAAUAUAAGAUAACUGGGCAAAAAUACUUUAUAAUACUGUGUAUCCCCUACCUGUUGGCUCUGACACACCUCAAGAUGUCAAGUUUGAUCAGGACCUUAAAGUAUGUUUUUAACACAACCGAGUUUGUUUCGUACGAGCCGGCUUUUAGUGACUGGAGGGCAACCUUUACAGUAAACAAAGAUCAUUUCUGUAACAGCAACAUUUACACAAUAGGCUACAUUAUAUGAUAUUUGAUGGAAGCUAUCAACAGCCUCAAAUGUCCGCACUCAAGGUCUGCUCCACCCAUGCUUUAUCACAUCAAUUUGGUUACUAUCAUUCCAUUUUUUUAAACAUUUUUUUGAAGGAUAAAGAAAAAUUCCUGGAAAAUAAAAGCUUAGUUUGUUGUAGAGCCACACUGGAAGCACUUGCUCACAAUGUCCAUGUCGGUUUUUUGUAUUGGUCAGAUGAAACAAAAAAACACGAGUUAAAGGUUUACUAGGUUUCAAUAUGUCUUACUGAACUUGUCAGUAUCCUCCAUUGCAGAGUAGUCAAUUGGUAUGAAGUGAACUUGAAACUAUGAAAUCUGCCUCUCAACCUCGUGAAAAAAAUCAAGCACGGCAAUUUCCAACAAAGGCAAGUUGUUGUUUUUUGCACUUUACAUAUGAGUAUAUUCAAAGCAUUUGAAUGGGGUUUUCCACUUGAGUGGCAGUGGUUUGGACUGUAAUUUUACAAAAUGGAUUGGCGCCCAUUGUACAGCUUAAGACAAAAAGCUCUGUUUCAACGCUGAUAAUCCAGCUUGGCACUUAGUAGACUGUAUAUAAAUCUCUAAUGCUGUCUUUCUCUGUAUAUAAUUUGUCCUGGCUUUUCUUUCUUCUUCUCCGUCACAUUUCACUGUAUUAGAGCUCAACAAAUCCAUGUGGCAUCAAAACUGCAAGACAGACAAUCAUUUUCUCUUUGUUUCCCUUCCAAAAAAAAAAUUUCAUCAACCUCACUUGUUUCUCACAAAUUACAUGAAAGGCUUGUGUGAGCAGUUUCUCCUCACACAGAUCUCACAGGGAACACUCAGGCUCUGUAUGGCGAGCACACAGGGGGCUAUAGGAUGAGAACUGAGCUUAGCUGGGACAGCUUUGAAGUGAGAUGCAGUAAGAGGUUAUUAUACCUUCAGAACCUUCUGACAGAUGCCCAGCAAUAUAUUGCAUUUGGCACCGGGAAGACUGUCAAGUAAGCCUUUUUUAAAUUUAUUUUCCCUAGCAUGUUUGAGUGCAGGAUGACAUUUUUUCCCCGUAAUAUCAGCAGCAGCAGCCAAUUAC